AGCGUUACAAAACACAAACACAACACGGGCUUUAAAGUGACGGUCUGUGUGACAGUUCCGGUAGCGAAUACAAACAUCUAUGCCAGUCUGUUCUUGUGGUUCUGUCCUGUAUUAUGUUUCAUACUAAUGUCUCCUGCAAACGCCGCAAUGCAAGACGGGACUGACACAGAACAGACCUCUGGGAACUGGUCUUGGUGGCCCUCUUGGAGACCAACAUCCAUGUCGUUAUUGAAAAUUGCCGAAGCUAAAAUUCUUGCCUGUCUCCAGAAUGACGUAUGGUCCAGAUUUGUGACGUUGCCAAAUCAAAACAGAAUAUGGACCCUUAAAGUCACCAACAAAUCAGCCCGCAAACAUAAAGACCAAGCUGCUCGGACGCCCCUAGUGAUGGUUCACGGGUUUGGAGGGGGCGUCGGUCUCUGGAUCCGUAACCUGGAUGCUUUGAGUUGUUCUCGAACGGUCUACGCCUUUGACCUGCUGGGCUUCGGUCGCAGCUCUCGCCCCUCGUUCCCGUCUGAUGCCUCAUUGGCUGAGGAGCAGUUUAUUACUUCCAUAGAGCAGUGGAGACAAUCACUGGGGCUGGAGCGCCUGAUCCUAUUGGGCCACAGCCUGGGUGGUUACCUAGCAACAUCCUAUACAAUCCAAUAUCCAGAAAGAGUCAGUCACCUCAUCCUGGUGGAUGCGUGGGGUUUCCCUGAGCGACCUCAGCCUCAGUUACAGGGGUCAGGAGGUCAAGGGUCAGAGGUUAAAAGGGUCUCGCCGCCUCGCUGGGUGAAAGCUCUGGCGUCAGUGUUCAGCUUCUUUAACCCGCUGGCUGUUAUCAGAGCAGCCGGACCCUGGGGUCCAGGGCUGGUAAACCGUUUCCGUCCCGACUUCAAGAGGAAGUUUGAGGAUCUGUUUGAUGACGACACCAUGACGCAGUACAUUUACCACUGUAACGCUCAGGACCCCAGUGGUGAGGUGGGCUUCAAAGCCAUGUCUGAGUCUCUCGGCUGGGCCAAGAGGCCGAUGGUUCAGCGUGUUCUUCUGCUGCCCCCGUCGAUGCCCGUCAGCAUGCUGUACGGCGCGUCGUCCUGGGUGGACUCAUCCACUGGAAACACAGUCGCUCAGAUCAGAGGCAAAAGCCCCACCAGCGUCACGCUGAUCGAAGAUGCUUCCCAUCACGUCUACGCCGACCAGCCUGAAGAGUUCAACCGAGUGGUUGAGAGUAUUUGUAAUACUGUAGACUAAAUAAGAUGCACGUUGGUUUGUAGGUGUGGGCAUUUGUAUUUUUGAAAGGGCUGUCCUGGGUUUGUGGGAUCAGAUUGAUAGAAACAUUUAAAGGCAAAGCUGUUCUCAGACCUUGUUGCUUCAUAUUCUGAAUUUACUAUCUGUGGCCUUUAAUGUGGAAAGGCUCUGUGAUUGUACUGCAUGAUUUAAUGGAAGCUGGUUGUGUUUGUAUUUUCUAACCUAUAUUUUAUUCAGAUUUCUUUACAAUCAUGGACUGAGAAAAUCAUCCUACCUGUUAACCCUGUGUCAUGAAUGCACUGACAAUGUUUGGACAGUCAUAUUGACUAAAAGAAGAGAUGUUUAAUAAUUCAGUUAGCAUUAUAAAGGAUUGUCUGUUUUUAUAAUGUCCAUAUCUUAAUACAUUGCUGUACCUUUAA